GAGUGUCUUUGACCCAGACACUAAAGGUCAUGUACAGAAGCUGAAGGAGAUGGACCCUAUUAAUUUUGAAACUGUUUUGUUGUUGAUGCGAAAUCUUACAAUGAACUUGUCUAGCCCUGACUUUGAGCCAAUUAAAAAUGUGUUGUCAACAUAUGAUCUCGGUACAAAAGUCGUGGGCCUUCCUACAGGUGGUGCUGUGAAGAACCACAGUGAUUUAUCAUGUCAGACAAUAUGAUAAAAACUACAGUAGUUAUUUAUAUUUGUCGGUGAGACUUUCUCCAACAACGGUGAGUCUUUGCGCUCUUGCUUUGUAAGUGCUGAAAAAAUUGUUCAUCACUGGAAAGAGUCUCAGAGUCGUGGCAUGGAUAAGAGCAUCUUCCUCUGCUUUCUCACUUAUGCACAGUGGUCACGGAGAAUGUUCCUUUUAGAAGUUGAGCUUCUCCUAGCGAGAAGCGUGCCCAAGCCUUGAUAGCACAUGUUUUUUCCAUGAAAUGUAUAUUCCCUCAAUUUUGUGCAGCUUAAUAUUUGGAGGUGGUGUAAAACUUGUAGCUUUUAGAGCAAUAAUAAGGAGGAAAAAGUUCUUGUACUUCAUUGCAUGUUGAAGUAUGCAUUUAGGACAUACACUCAGGCCUUGUUUUAGUUGUGGCCUUGUUGCAGAUUAAAGUUAAAUAGCGGUUCUGUCUUCCUAUUUGUUGUGUUUUGUAUUGGUAGUCUGUUUCAACUGCUAGUAAUGCUUUGAUAUACUUGAUUUGUGUCCAUCAGAUUCUCUGUGGACGUUGUGCAACAAGGAUAAUUGAUGCGUUA